CUCAGCCAGGUGUGGAGUGCAAUUAAUCUAUCAAUCACUCAGCGACCAUGCCUCCACGCACCAAACGAGCCCCAUCAUGGACCAAUGCAGAGCUGCAGGACCUCAUUAGUGUUUGGGGAGAGGAGGCUGUGCAAACACAGCUGCGCUCCAGAAGGAGAAAUUAUGAUACGUAUGGGCAGAUAUUGCAGUCCUUGAUGAGAAGGGGCCAUGAACGGGACGCCUUGCAGUGCAGGGUAAAAAUUAAAGAGCUGAGGAGUGCGUACUGCAAAGCCCGUGAGGGAAAUCGCCGAUCAGGAGCUGCCCCCACAACCUGCCGCUUUUACAAGGAGCUGGAUGCCAUGCUUGGGUGUGACCCCACUGCGAAUCCUAGGAGCACGAUGGAGAGUUCAGAGCAGGGAGCAGUGGGGGAUGUUGUAGAGGACGGAGACAGUGAGGCUACUGGCGUGGCGGGAGACACCCCGGAGUCCCAGGACACAUGCAGCCAGGAUCUCUUCUCCAGCCCGGAGGAGGCUAGCCAGUCACAGCAGCUGGAAGCUGAUGUAGAGGAGGAAGCUGAGGAUCGUGCUCGGGGGACCUUGACUACUGCAGCCGUAUCACCAGCCUCACGUAGGUUGCAGAACUUGAGACGGAAUCCUAGGAAAUCAAAAGAGGAAUUGAUCAAGUCUGUUAUGAGCCACUACAACAGAGAAAGUAGGAAUACAGAGGAAUGGAGAGAGAAAACUUACGUGAGGAAAGACUCUGGCUCUUGGUGUUCAGGCAACAGUCUAGUGACUGUUCAAAAAGAAAUACACAAAAUGAGCCAAGGUGCUAUUUUCCAUAGCACCAGUUAA